UUGCGGAGCUAUUAAUUGUUUUGAAAAUUGAUUUGUAAUGUUGAUUCAAUAGAAUAUUAAUAGGUUUCUGUAAACUACUUAAACUGGUUAGUCGACUGCGAAACAUGGGUAUACAAAAAUGUGGUUUAUUGGCGCUUUUUGCUCUUUCAUAUUCAGUAGUUCAGGUAAGAGAUUUUAAAAGCUUAGCUGAAAUACAAAUCAAUCUUGGUCUUCCGCAGAUAUCGUCAAAAUUCGAGUUUACAAAUAUCCGGUGCAAUUCCUUGGACAAACAAUUUGCCGAAUUUGAGCAUUGCCUCAUAAAACCGAUCAAUCGAAGCUACAAGUAUGUGUCGAUUAAGGCUAAGUUGUUUAAAACGCCAGUUACAAAAGUGAAGAUCAACGUACGAAUCCUCAAGCGAUUCGACGGCUACAACGGCUACAGACCCUUUAUGGUCAAUUUGACAGUGGAUGCGUGUAGAUUCCUGGACAAUAUGAACUCGAACCCGAUGGGCAAAUAUCUUUAUGGUUUCAUUAAGCCCUACACCAACAUGAAUCACAGCUGCCCCUAUGAUCACGAUCUUAUUGUGGACAAACUACCCAUACAGUUCGUCAACUACCAGGUCACAAAGGUGCUGCCCGUUCCAGAAGGCGACUACGUAUACGAAAGUCAUUGGUUUGCCUACGACAUAAAGAGGGCGGUGGUUAAGGUACACGGAACUAUAUCCUAAUAAACUUAUUAUGUAAAUGCCUGUGUGCAAUCAAAACAUAUAUUAUUUCAAUUUGUUC